AUGAGUAGAGGUGCUCUCUCUGGAAAGAGAUCAAAUGUGCCCAAUUCACUUAAUCCUGGUUGUGAUUCAAAUGAUGAUGAUGCGGAAAAUGAAGUUGGCAAUGAUGUUGGCAAUGGUGGUGUUGGCAAUGGUGUUGAAAAUGAUGUUGACAAUGAUGUUGACAAUGAUGUUGACAACGAUGAUGGAAGCGAUGUUGAAAAUUCUGGAGACAGUGAAGAGAAUGUUUCAAAGGAAGGUAAUUCUCCUAAAGAAGGGGUCAGAAACAUUGAUAAAUCUAAAGAAUUUGUGGGACUUGAACUAAGUGAUGACGCUUCAGACUCAGAUGAUAGCAAAGAAUUCGAUAAACGCGAAUCUUUAUCUGAAGAAAG